GUGUGCUCAACGCUCCACUACACUAGUCACCUACUGCUGCUUCUGUUCGCAGCCGCCACCAUGCUCCGGCUAACUAUUCUUCUCCUGCUGCUGAGCGCAGCGCAGGCCUUUGUGGGUGGCCCCAACGUGCUGAUCGGGCGGGGGAACGCUGUAUAUACCAAGGGGUGGGGGUCCAGGAUAGCUCGACACACCAGCGCCGCGCGGCAAGCGACUUCGCAGCGAGGGCUUUCAGCAUCGAUGGCCCCGCCCUCGAUGAGCUUGAUGCUGCUCGCGGAAGACGCCGCGAAAGCAGCACCAGACAUGCCAAUAUCGCCGGAGCAGCAGGAGUCUAUCAUCUCGGUGCUGAGCGUGAUGUCUUCAGUGUUGCUUCUUAUCAUUAUCUCGGGGGCCGUUUACUUGUCGCUGGAGGAGUGGAAGAACAAGAAGGAGCUCAAGGAAACGGACAAAUACACCAGCGCGGGCCAGCUGCCUCCGGAUAUCGCGCCGGAGGCUUUACCGCCGGGCGAUGGCGAAGAGGAGGGUAACCGAUUGCAACGGCGCAUGGCGAAGAAGGAGAAGAGGAAAUCGGGCAAGGUUUAAAGAAAACAACGUGAGCAGGGUAUCGCUGACCCCAGCGGAGCAAGGAAUGUGGACCCCAAAUGACGCAGCGAGGCACCAUUGCCGUUUCGCCGAACCCCUGUUGAUGCCGUCAUCUUCGGCUGGCAUGCUUGCCGGUCCAAUGAGGGCUCCUGCGGGGUGUCUUCCAAAAUGUACCGAGCAGAGCCUGCUCAUGAUUGGUCAACUACGUGAAAUGGAUACUGGCGGUGUCUUAUUUGUGCGGGCAGUUGUUUCUGUUUCGAUUUUUCACGGCGCGCUUGAUUUUUCUGGCCAGUUUUUGCUGCUUCAGGACCUGUUUGUUUUGAACAGCGGCGGGGUCUUGUUUGGUGUGGAGUCAUGGUUGGCGCGAGGCAGCGAAUAUGCUGACUCGGUUGAAUCCUCCCCCCCCUCCUUUCCUGCUACAACGAAGCUAGUUAACGCACUGGUGCUUUCCCAUGGGUGGUGCAGCUCAGGCGGUCCCUGCUGGUCUAACCAUGUCUCGAAAGCUACCUCUCACAAUGUUCAGGGGGGAAAGACUUGAAACUGGGGUGUAGAGACCUGCUUUGGAGUUGACAGCAGUCGCGUGAGACCAUAGAAUCGAUGGAGUUUCGACGGUCUUGGAAGACCUCCAUGUCCAUCGAAGUUCGGGAGUGCACUGAUUGUAGGAGCGAGCGGUUGUUAUGUCGAAAGACGGACACAAUACCCUUUUCAUGCAGGCAUAGUGACGUUUUCGGAGGAGGGCUAGGGACGGUUCGGAACUUUCGUCGUUGACAUAGAAGCCUGAGAGCCUUCCUACAGUAGGUAGCACACCCUCGUCUUGUGCCGACGUAUCCAACGUAUUCAUACAAGUAUGCAUUUACUAGGUAGAUAUUUGAUAUUUGUUCCCGUGGACUUCACCGUAAGGAUACGUGAUAAUCUCGACCACGUACAAGCAUUUCUUGCGCCCGAACGACGAGCCACACACACGGAGCAAUAGAGCUAUAGCAUUAGAUUCAGGGCUGAGAAGAGAGUUGCAACACGUGUGAAGCCAAAAGCUACAGUGGUGGAAGAUUGUCUUGUAACGGAUACAUUUUUGAGCAG